UAUUGAUUUUUCGUACCUCAGUAGAUGUACUAACGGCAAUCUCGUGCGUUGAAAAGUCUUUGUCUACGUUAUUUCUGUACAAGAAAAAAUCAUUAUAGUAAUAUUAAGUUAGUAAAAAUAACAAUGACGAACUAAACCUUAAAUAACAGUUCAGCAAUAUUAUUUCCUGCUGUUAACAAGGCUCAAAAAACAAUACUAUCGAAGCUUAAAUGAGAUAUGGAAUUAUUAAUUGACUAAUGUGACUGAAAAACAAAAAUUAAUAAAAAUAAAAUUUAAUCAAGUAAAUCUAAAAAUAACUAAUUACAAUAGAACAACAAACCGUAUAAAAAAAUAUUAAAAAAAAUUGAAUAUUACUCAAAAAGAUUCGCAGACAUUUUUCUUAUAAUCAGGCCCCGCUGCCUCAACGAAUAUUAACAUUAAGUUUAUGUAUGUAUUAAGUAAUCUUAAAUCAACAAUAUGCACCGUUGCCAGUGUUAAACAUAAUCACUUAAAUAGUGUCUAAAAAAACUAAUCUUAAACGAUUUGGAGUUCACGAAAUUUUCAAUAAAAAAACAAAGAAAUCAAAAUAAAAAAGAUAAAAACAUGCAACAAACGCGAUCACAGCCGCGGACAUCUAAUUAUCCCCUGCAAAUGCAGAAUGGUCUCAGUCCCAAGAAAACAGCUGUCAUCAUCGUGACAGUUGUGGGCUGCAUUGCCAUACUUUGGCCAAAAGUAUUCUAUCCGAUGAUGUUCGGUGGAGUUGCGCCAGCAAAAAGUGGCAAUUUAAACGAACAACGCGCCCCUGGAGGCUGUUGUGAUGUUGUUAUUGACAGAGAGAAAUUUUUAAAUGAAACUUCGACAGAAAUCGGUCCGCAAUUGUAUCGCAAGCAACUGAAUUUAUACACCGGAGAGAUAAAUUAUCCUCCAGGUCUGCGACAGGAACGUCCAGCACACUUACAUCCGGAAUCUAUUUAUCAGGCGAUGCGUGAACGCGGACGUGCGAUACCCGCAACUACGCCGACAGUACCCAUUUUAGAGCGCAAAGGAUCGCCGAGUAAUCCACCGCCACGCAUUGUUAAUGGGCGGCCUGGACCUAUACCCGGCAUGCGUCCACCCAUGGGUGCCGGCUCUAUGCAUCAACCUCAGCCUCGCGGUGGGGGUAGUGUGGGCUUUUUAAUGCCCCUUUAUACCAUUGGCAUCGUUGUCUUCUUUGGAUACACUAUUAUGAAGAUAGUUUUCAAAAAGCCUGUACCGAAUGCGCCUUAUGGACCUACACCAAGUGAUCCCAAUUUCAGAAAGGAAGUGUUUGGUCAAGAAAAUGGCAGACAUGUUGAGGAACUCAAUGGCUCUAAGUUAGGGUGGAGAGAACAUCAAGCAAGCCCGAGACUGCGCGAACACAUCAGCAGUGGUGGUGGCGUUGGCGGCGGCGGUGGUGGUGCUGGAAAUGGCAGCGAACUUUACAAUGCCAGUUUGGCAACUGCCACCGCAGCUUCUAUUCUCUCAUCGCAACUGAAACAACACAGUCAUGGUACUCCAGCCACUUGCGGUAGUGGUGUUGGUGUUUAUGGCGGUGGUAUCUUGGCGGCCGGAUUCAACAAGGAAACCGAACAAUUAAUGGAAAUUGAGAAGUUGCGCAAAAAGCUUGAGGAUACCGAAAAGGCGAUGGCUAAACUAAUUGCUGAAAUGAACUCAGACCAAUAUGAAGCUAAGACAUCAAGCGAAAACUCGACAUCGAACUUUGGAGACAUUUCCAAUGGGCAUACAAAAUCUGAGCAUGAACAUGAGCACGAGGGUAGCAAAGGCACCAUAAAGAACGAAGAAAAUGCAGUGAAAAUUGAAACCCCAUCUAGCAAAGUGCAGAGUUCUACGAGCAAACCUUUAGAUGAUGUAGACGAAAAAAAUAUCCAACAACGAAAGAAACGGGAGGGCAGUGCCGAUCGAUCAGUGGCGGUUCUUGGAAUGGAGGUAACAGCAAGUUGUGAGGGUGGCCAAAAAUGGACGGGACGCCCUCCAACUCCUGUUUUCUUUUCACACCAUGAACAUUCCAAAGACAAUGACGAAGAUCAAAUGCCUGAACCACAAUCCAUCUACCUUGAAGGUGCUUUAGCACACGAGUCACAAAUAUUGGUUACCGAUUCGGAAACAAAGGCGGAGGAGGUCUACGAUAAAGAGCUCAAUGGCUCACUAGAAGAGCCAGCGGUUGUGCUUAGCAGUAAAAUGACAUUAUCGCUAAUUAAUUUGGAUACAAAUCAUGAAAAUAGUGAGGAACAAAAGAAACCAGAAGUCGAAAGUCCACUGGCAGACGAUAUCGAGAUAAUUGGCGACGAUGCAAAGUUAAAUGCUGGAAAUUGAAAUUCAUCCUAUCAAAAAAUAAAAAUAAAAUAACAUAAAAAAAAUUGGAAAAACUCGAGGACUUCUUGAAUUCAUUGAUGAAUUGAUUGAGAUGAGAGCUGUUUCAGAAACGAAUCGAACAAAGAAAUGAAUAAAAGAAUCCGAAAUGAAUAUGUAUUUCCAUAAAGUAUGCUACAUUUUGUGGAAGAUUGUAUCGAUAUCAGCCGAUUUAUUGAAAUUGAAAACCAUAAAUUUACAUUGUGACUGAUAAAUGCAUAUAUAUUUUUGUUUACAUGUUUUCAUGAAUGUCGUGAACCAAAUAACAUAAAUACUUAUCAAUUUGUAAUAUGUAAAAAGGCCUUAUUUUUUGGCGCUUAUGAUAAAUAUGUAUAAAAACUUAAGAACUUGUACUUCCGUUGUAUGGAAAACCUACUAUCAACAAUGAUAACACUCUUCGUUUUUUUUUCUUUCUAAAAUAUCUACAUGGAUGCAUUUUCUUUCUAAUACUAUUUUUUUCUAUCGUUUUUGUUUUGUUAUUUGUACAUUUUAAAAAUUUGCUCGUAUCUACUAUGUGCUCAAAAUAAUUUGUAUGCCAAAUACUAUCAUUAAACACAAACAAGGAAUACGUAUUUCCAAACCUUAAAAUACACACCCCAAAAUAUUUGAACAUUUAAAUUAUUUAUACCACAUACCAAAUGCAUAAAUAUUGUGUUAAUUAAAUACUGUAUUUGUUUGUUGUUCAAAAAUGAUAUUAUUAAUAAAUCUAGUCUUCAACAAAACAAAAAUUUGUCGCAAUCAUAGUUUCUAACUAUUGCCAAUUUAUUAUAGUCGUAUUCAUCUUGAAAUUUAUUUUUAUUUUUUGGCAAAUUAUGUAUGUAUUUAUGCAACUACUAAUAGUGAGUAAUUUGACGUAUUUUCAAUGAUAUUUAUAUUUAUAAAAGACCAAUUUUAUGUGAAAUUUGGAAAUUUGGAAAUACUGGGGUUUAAAAGCCAAAUAAAAUA